GACACAGCGGAUCACGGAAACAGACGAAGAUGUCGGCUCGGUCAUGUGAUCAGCUGUGUCCAAUCACAGCUGAUCACAUGUAAACAUGGAAAUGCCGACAUGUACACUGAUCAUCAGGGCACUGAUGAUCAGUGUGCCCUGAUGAUCAGUGUGGCCCCAGAAGUGCCACCUGUCAGUGCUCAUCAGAGCCACGUGUCAGUGCCCAUCAGUGCCACGUGCCAGUGCCCAUCAGUGCCACAUCAAUGCCACAUAGCAGUGCAUACCAGUGCACAUCAAUGCCACAUAUCAGUGCCCAUCUGAGCUGCCGUUCAAUGUCACCCAUCAGUGCCAGUCAGUGCCACCUAUCAAUGCCAAUCAGUGCCACCUAUCAGUGC